AUGUCCUGUGAGCGUUACGUGUGUGUGCUUCCACUUGCCAUGCUCUUCAGGUUCCCACGCACGGGGAAGAACCGCAAGGGUGCUUCGGUGGCGAGUGUUUUCCUUUUAGACGCCUCAAAUGGCGUGUGUGUGCUUCCACUUGCCACGCCCUUCAGGUUCCCACGCACAGAGGAGAAUGUCGCAAGGGCGCUUCAGUGGCGUCUGUCCCCUAGCACGGAGAAGAAGAUUCGCAAGGGCGCUUCAGUGGCGUCUGUUCUCUGCAACGUGGACUCCACUGAUGUGACCUGUGACGCGUUGGGCUGUGUGCCUGGUGGCACAUGCGAGGUGGAUCGCAACGGAAAUCAUUUCUGCCUCUGGGGUGAGCCUCCUAGCCUCUGGGUCGUACUCACGUACCGCACUGCACCCAUGCCCACCCCUCAGACUCUCCCUGUGGCGAUUGCCCCACUGGAGUCACCUGCAAGUCCUUCCCUUCAGCAACCCCAGUGGGACGGUGUCGCUUCCUUAAUUGUUGAGUCGACUCGGCUCACAUGCCGCACUGCACCCAUGCCCACCCCUCAGACUCUCCCUUUGGCGAGUGCCCCACUGGAGCCACCUGCAAGUCCUUCCCUUCAGCAACCGCCAGUGGGACGGUGUCGCUUAUUGUUGAGUCGACUCAAAAUCGGCUCACAUGCCGCACUGCACCCAUGCCCACCCCUCAGACUCUCCCUGUGGCGAGUGCCCCACUGGAGCCACCUGCAAGUCCUUCCCUUCAGCAACCGCCAGUGGGACGGUGUCGCUUCCUUAAUUUGCCCCACUGGAGCCACCUGCAAGUCCUUCCCUUCAGCAACCGCCAGUGAGACGGUGGCGCUGCCUUACUGUGCUUGCCCUGAAGGCUCUGGGAUCACCCCGACCGAGUGUGUUGCGGGUGAGACCACCUCACUCAUGCGCACUCUGCUUACCCCAUUCUCUCCGCUCCCUAUUCUCUCCUCUGCCUACUCGCUCCAUUUCUCCUCUCUCUACGCUGCAUUCUCCCCACUUCUUUCUCUCCCCGCUCUCUCCUCUCCCGACUCUCUCCUCUCCCCCACUCGUUCAACUCUUUGCUUCACCUUCCUCGCUCUGCCAACCUGCCUGAAUGGCUGA